AUGGCUCCCUCGUAUAUUCAGAUCCCCUCGAGGGAACAGGGCAAUGACGUUGGCGCUGCGGAUGCCGCCCUCUCCGUCCCCAGGAGCGCUCGCGCCGGCGCCCACCUCGCUACCACGGCUCUCCGCGUGGACGGUAUGACAUGCGGCGCAUGUACUUCUGCUGUUGAAGCUGGCUUCAAGGGCGUCGAUGGUGUCGGAAACGUCUCAGUCAGUCUGGUUAUGGAGCGCGCAGUCGUCAUGCACGAUCCCAAUGUCAUCUCUGCCGCUCAGAUUCAAGAAAUUAUCGAGGAUAGAGGCUUUGACGCCGAAGUCCUCUCUACCGACCUUCCGAGCCCUGCUUUCAAGCCCACCAGUGGCAUCAACAUCCUCGAUGGAGACGACGAUUUUGUCACGACUACCGUUGCCGUCGAGGGCAUGACCUGCGGCGCCUGCACCUCUGCUGUCGAGGGCGGCUUCAAGGAUGUCCCGGGUGUCAAGAGCUUUAGCAUCUCUCUACUAUCCGAGCGAGCCGUCGUCGAGCACGACCCCGAUCUGCUCACCGCGGAGCAGAUUGCCGAGAUCAUCGAGGACCGAGGCUUCGACGCUACGAUUAUCGACUCGGGAAAGUCGGCCGCGGACAAGACGAAGGAUUCUGGAAGCGUCGGCGACGUCGCCAUCACGACAGUUGCCAUCGAAGGCAUGACGUGCGGCGCAUGCACGUCGGCCGUUGAGGGUGGAUUCAAGGGUCUAGAAGGUGUCCUGAAAUUCAACAUCAGCCUGCUAGCGGAACGAGCUGUCAUCACGCACGACGUCACCAAGCUUUCACCGGAGAAGAUUGCAGAAAUCAUUGACGACCGGGGAUUCGACGCCGAGAUUCUUUCUACGCAGUCCGCCGGCGACCACCCCAGCAGCUCGUCAUCCAAUGCGCAGUUCAGGGUCUACGGUGUUCCCGAUGCGGCUGCAGCGGAAGCUUUGGAGGCUACAUUAGCUUCGCAUCACGGCGUCGACUCCGUUUCGUUGAACCUUGCCUCCUCGCGACUCACCAUCAACCACCAGCCCAGCGUUAUCGGCCUGCGAGCUAUUGUUGAGGCCGUUGAGGCGGCGGGCUACAAUGCCCUCGUCGCGGAUAACCAGGAUAACAAUGCCCAGCUCGAGUCCCUGGCCAAGACCCGCGAGAUCAACGAAUGGCGAACGGCUUUCCGCACUUCUCUAGCUUUUGCUAUUCCUGUCUUUAUCAUUGGCAUGAUACUGCCAAUGUGUUCGCCUAAGCUCGACUUUGGAGGUUACGAGCUAGCCCCCGGCCUGUUUCUCGGCGACGUUAUCUGUUUGUUGCUCACGAUACCCGUCCAAUUCGGCGUUGGAAAGCGAUUUUACAUUUCCGCCUACAAGUCCCUCAAGCACCGUUCCCCUACGAUGGAUGUCCUGGUGAUGCUGGGCACGUCGUGCGCCUUUUUCUUCAGCAUCCUUACAAUGGUAGUUUCACUGCUUGUUCCCCCUCACACAAGGCCUAGCACCAUCUUCGAUACGAGCACCAUGCUCAUCACCUUCAUCACUCUCGGACGUUAUCUGGAAAAUAGUGCCAAGGGUCAGACUUCCAAGGCCCUUUCUCGCCUCAUGUCUCUGGCGCCUCCUAUGGCGACUAUCUACGCGGAUCCAAUUGCUGCUGAAAAGGCUGCUGAGACUUGGGACAAGGACUCAACUACACCCCGAACCCCCAGGACUCCUGGUCUUGGUGGGUCAGCCUUCGAAGAGAAACUCAUCCCUACAGAGCUGUUACAGGUUGGUGACAUAGUAGUUCUCCGACCUGGCGACAAGCUUCCCGCCGACGGAGUGCUUGUCCGUGGUGAGACCUAUGUUGAUGAGAGUAUGGUGACGGGCGAAGCGAUGCCCGUCCAGAAGCGAGUGGGCGACAACGUCAUUGGCGGUACUGUCAAUGGCGACGGUCGAGUCGACCUUCGAGUCACCCGUGCUGGACGUGAUACUCAGCUUAGCCAGAUCGUCAAGCUGGUCCAAGAUGCGCAAACAACCCGGGCACCCAUCCAGCGGCUCGCCGAUACCAUUGCUGGCUACUUUAUCCCUACCAUUCUGGUUCUGGGAGUGUCGACGUUCCUCUGCUGGAUGGUUCUUAGUCAUGUUCUCUCCAACCCACCCAAGAUCUUCCUGCAGGACGCAAGCGGCGGCAAGGUUAUGGUUUGUCUUAAGCUCUGCAUCUCCGUCGUCGUUUUUGCAUGCCCCUGCGCCCUUGGUCUGGCCACGCCCACCGCCGUCAUGGUCGGCACAGGUGUUGGCGCUGAGAAUGGUAUCCUGAUCAAGGGCGGCGCAGCCCUCGAGAGGACUACCAAGGUGACCCAGAUCGUCCUUGACAAGACCGGCACUAUCACCCAUGGUAAGAUGAGUGUUGCUGAGUACAGCAUUGAAUCUGCAUGGGAUGACAAUGGAUGGCGCCGUCGACUUUGGUGGACCAUUGUUGGUCUUGCUGAGAUGGGUAGCGAACACCCCGUGGGUAAAGCCGUUCUCGCAGGAGCCCGUACUGAACUGGACAUUGAAGUGGAUGGCGUCAUUGAAGGCAGUGUCGGAGAGUUCAAGGCGGCCGUCGGGAAGGGUGUGAACGCUCUGGUUGAACCUGCGUCAGCUGUUGACCGCGCUCGUUAUCGUGUGCUUCUUGGAAACGUUGCGUUCCUGCAGGAUAACGGAGUUGAAGUGCCCGAAGAAGCUAUUGAGGCGUCAGAGCAUCUCAACUCGAGCGCGAGCAAGGCAGCAGGAAAGGCACCCGCUACUGGCACGACCAACAUUUUUGUGGCCAUCGAUGGCUCUUAUGGCGGCCACCUCUGCUUGGCCGACUCCAUCAAGGAGGGUGCUGCUGCCGCCAUCUCGGUGCUUCAUCAGAUGGGCGUCAAGACAGCCAUCGUGACUGGCGAUCAACGGUCCACUGCCCUCAGCGUCGCCGCUGCAGUUGGCAUCUCCCCUGACAACGUCUACGCUGGUGUCAGUCCCGACCAGAAGCAGGCUAUUCUGAAGGAGAUUCAAGCGCAGGGUGAGAUCGUCGCCAUGGUUGGCGAUGGUAUCAACGACUCUCCUGCGUUGGUGACGGCUGAUGUCGGUAUCGCCAUGGCCAGCGGCACAGAUGUAGCCAUGGAGGCCGCAGACCUGGUGCUCAUGCGCCCGACAGAUCUGAUGGACAUUCCUGCAGCACUCAACCUCACACGCUGCAUCUUCCGUCGCAUCAAGCUCAACCUUGCGUGGGCGUGCCUGUACAACCUUGUCGGACUGCCCAUCGCCAUGGGUUUCUUCCUUCCUCUCGGCCUCCACAUCCAUCCCAUGAUGGCAGGCUUCGCAAUGGCGUGCAGCAGCGUUAGCGUCGUUGUAAGUAGCCUCCUGCUCAAGUUCUGGAAGAGACCUAGGUGGAUGGACGAGGCGGCUGCAGCUCCUCACGGUGGCCUGCACUGGAAGGGCGGACGUGGCAUCUUUGGCUGGGUGCGUGAGGUUCUGGGAAGAAGAAAGGUGAAGAAGGAGGAAGGAUACGUGCCGUUGUCCAACCUAGAGGGGGCGGAAGUAUAG